AUGCGUUUCACCAUCGCCGCCGCCCUGUCCCUCGCGCUACUGAACUCGGUCUGCGCCAAUUUCCUCGGGGGCGUCCUCCAACCGGUAUCACUUUUGCCAGUCCCAUCGAUUUUCGGUCAGCAAAACGGCGGGGUUAGCUGUGGCAACCAGGGCAAUGCCGCCUUGAACGCAAACAUUCUUACCCAGGUCCAGUGCAGCGGAGGCGACAACGCCCCCCAAAUCAGCUGUGGCAACCAAGGUCACGCCGUCGCCAACCUCAAUGUGCUCACCAGCAUUGACUGCGUCAGCCAGUGA